GUUUUAUAAUAGGAACAAGAUCUUUUAUAAUAUUUUUUUAUUUAUUUUGUUUUUUUUAUAUGAAUUAUUUAAUAUAUUUUUUAUGAAUAUUCUUCAAAGAUGCAUCCUGAUAUACCUCAGACAAGUCAGGCUUACACUGCCCUGAGCAGCACGAAAACUCAAAUGUUUAUUGAUAUUUACAGAAAUUGCUAACCCUUAUUACUUCAACAUUUAAUGUUCCACAGCAGCAACAUGCCACAAUAACUCUGGUUUGAUUUUAAACAUCUUUGAAAAAAAAUGAUUACUGUAUGUGUAAUUUUACUUUUUGUUAUGCAUCUUUAAAUUGUACACUGUGCAGCACAGAAAAUUAUUAUUAUUACUCGGGAUCAAGUAGACAAAAUCAUCAUGAUAUUGACCAUGACUAUUAUCUAAGAGACUUAUUAUUGAUAAAUAGAAGUCUAAAUGGAAUGUAUUAGAGGAAAAACAUUGCUAAUAAAUGUUUUACUAGUAAUUACUACUCAUUUGAAUUAUUUUUGCACAUUAUUACAUGAUAAUAUUGGCAAAAUCUGGAACCCUGCAACGGCUGCAGGGAUCCCAUAUAAAGACUUGUUACAUUAUUAAACCUAUUUUUGCCUACCAAGACUGUCAAACGCAUGACGUAACUAUGAUAGGCUGCAUGAACUCUGAAUUAACCGUGGGGGUUUACUGAAACGACUUUAAAUGGCAUAUAUCGUUUAUAAAACAGUUCACUCAAUUGCAUAAUCCCAGGCCCCCAAUCCUUAUUUCUAAACAUGUUUCACACCACCGCUUAGUUUACAGCGGUGUGCACGAGUUUACUUUCAUUAACCACGCAGCUGUUCUCCCCCAGUUUCGUGAUGGUAUUGUCCGGUUCUCCACAGAAAACAGGCAGGAGGAUCCAAGUAAGCGAAAGGCUAACGUCGAUAUUUAACCGAGUCGAUCAAACCGACUAAUUAAACCGAAAUAUUUAACCCGAUUCAAAGUAACAUCGUCGAUACCUUAUGUUAACGUCUUGGUUAUCUAACUGAACGAUGUCAACCCCAGCAAGACGGCGUUUGAUGAGAGAUUUUAAACGUCUCCAAGAGGAUCCUCCAGCAGGAGUUAGCGGAGCUCCGUCGGAAAACAACAUCAUGGUCUGGAACGCUGUCAUUUUUGGCCCUGAAGGAACACCAUUUGAAGAUGGAACUUUCAAACUCACAAUAGAAUUUACAGAAGAAUAUCCAAACAAACCUCCUACAGUUCGGUUUGUUUCCAAAAUGUUUCACCCUAAUGUUUAUGCAGAUGGUAGUAUAUGUUUGGACAUUCUUCAGAAUCGCUGGAGUCCAACAUAUGAUGUUUCCUCAAUUUUAACCUCGAUACAGUCUUUACUGGAUGAGCCGAACCCAAACAGCCCUGCCAACAGCCAGGCGGCUCAACUGUAUCAGGAAAACAAGAGAGAGUAUGAGAAACGUGUGUCCGCCAUUGUGGAACAGAGCUGGCGUGACUGUUGACCCUCCUCACAGUUCACAACGAUGAACAAUAGUCAGCCUCAGCCACCAAGAGGAAAACCACCUUGCAAAGAAUAAAUUGAAAAACACGUCAUGUUUCAAAUCAUUCUCCUUACUCAGUAGAGUUGUCUGUUCUGUAGCUGUUGCAAGAUUAGAGUGCUGUUGUGUUGUGGUCUCCCUCUUCAUGGAGAAUUUAACAAAAUAUUGUCACCAGGGUUACUUGCUUUUAUUUGGCCUGUCCUCAUAUUGGAAUUUUGUCUUUUAUAAUCUUAAUUCUUGGUUUAUAAGCUGUUUGUCAAGCGCAGGAUUUCAUUUGGUUGGGUAUUAAUAUGUUAUUGGUUUCGGUAUUCAGUAUGAAUCCAAGUUUAAGUAUCCUUGAUAAAAACUUGCUAGAUUCAUUCAUCUCAGAACAAGUAUCAAUAUAGCAUAUGCCACUUUUUGUUUUAAGUUCUAAUUUAAACAGCAAGAACAUAAAACAUGGUUGGUACAUUGUCUUGAAUGGAAAGCUUACUUGUUUCAGAAAGGUAUGGAGAGCCUAUAUUGCUGCACUUGGGAAACUGACCUUUCAAUCCAUAUGUUAUUGAAUUGCAAUGUACAAAAUGUUGGAAUUGGCCCUUUUUAAUCAUGUACAAGUGGUUUGUGCUCUUUUCAUUUGUAUUCAGUGCUCAACAGCUCAUACUGCUGUUCAAGGUUCUGCCUAAAGACAUAUCUAUUGACAUUGUGCUAGUAUGUUAGCAUUAAUUGUUUAAAGGUACACAGUGUCCCACAAAGCCCUUUGCCACAAGCACUGGACUGAGAACAUUACAAAUUAGUAGAGUUGAGUGUGUGCGGAUCUUUUUUUUUCUAUAUUGACUUGUGUCUGCACGAUUUUCUUGCUUGUUUUCCUCAGUUCCAAGUGCCGUUUAACUUAUCAGUGUCACAUGAACAUGCUUUCUUACAUUGUCCAUUUUAGCAAAUUUAAAUGUAAUUUUUCACAAAAGUUCAAAAGUUUCAGAUUUGCACUAGUAACCCAUGUAAGAAACUGUACAUUUUCUCACUUCUUGUAAAUAAACCGUAAAAUAUAA